UUUAGACACAAUGCCUGCGAGAAGACGUCGUGAAAUUUAUAGGAACAAUACUCCCAAUCGAGAUGAUAUGGAAACUCAAAACAAUAGAAGUUUGCCUGAAUACAGCCCACUUAUCUGAGUAAAAGUGGAUAAAUCAGAGACAAAGCUAAUGAGGCUAGAAGGAAAUGCAGAUUCUCAACAGAUUUACUUCUCAGAACUUACCGAUGUUACUAAAGUGAGAAAUCUAAUCUCUCAUGGCAAGGAGAAGGGUUCUAAACAGAUGUUCUGUAUUACAAUGUACAAUGAGCCUUACAUCCAAGUGCUGCAAUCUUUAGCUGGAAUCUAUCGGAACUACUUCGAGCUACUCGAGAUCAACGAGAAUGACUAUAAGGACAAGAUCUCCAUCGUUAUUGUUUGUGAUGGUUACCCUAUCUUCAUGAAGAGUGAGUGCAACAACCAGGUUAUUGACAACUGGCAGAGAUACGAGAAGGCAGGCAUCUAUGACCACAAGAAAUCCAAAUAAAUUUUGGGAACACAAGUAUCUUGACAAAGAUAAGUAUGCCAAGGCAGAAGAUAGGUAUACAUUUUCACAACUUCCAGCUCUCAAUCUGAUUGACGAUGAUCGCAGAGACGAAGAAGUGAAGAAUACUGAUAAAAAAGAACUCUUCCUUGAAACAAAGAAUGUGGCUCACUGCUUCUCAAGGUCGAUGGUCUUCGAAGAUUUUCUUAAAGGCUUGAAUAACUCUGAACAUCAAGGGUUUCUGAUAGACAACCUCUCUAUUGAAGAUUUCUUGUACGGAAACCAUAAACAAACUAAAAUUUCUACUAGGAAGUACAAGUCACUUCCAAUCGACGUACAUCUAGUAGUGAAACAUGCCAAUAGGGGGAAGAUUGAGUCCCAUUUGUGGUUCUUUAAAGGCUUCUGAAACACAAUGAAUCCUGAUUUUACUACUAUUAUUGAUGCUGGGACUAUCCCAAUGUGGAAAUCUCUAUCGAAACUUACAAUAUUUAUGGAGAAGAAUUAUAAUACAGGAGCGGUGUGAGGAGAAAUUGAAGUAAUUCUUAAUGACAAGCAUGAUGAUGGUAGAGAAGUCACCUUCUUUGAAAGCAUUCUUCUCAGAUCUCAGUACGUUGAGUACAAACUCUCCCAUUACCUCGAUAAAGCUGCUGAGUCUCUUUUUGGUUACAUCUCUGUGCUGCCUGGUGCCUUCAGUAUGUUCAGGUGGAAAUGAAUUAAAGGAGAGCCACUCGAAGAGUUCUUAAAAGGGACUUCUAUUUCUGAUCCAUCUAAACCAUUCCCGAGUUGCUCAGAAGGAAACAAGUUUUUGGCAGAGGAUCGUAUCAUGCCUUUGGAGAUCAUCUCAAAGAAGGCAGGAAAGUACAUUAUCAGAUACGUACCUGGAUGUAAAGCUCUGACGGAUGCACCAUCCACAUUGACUCAAUUGAUUAAACAGAGAAGGAGAUGGUUCAAUGGCUCAUUGUUCGCAACAUGGUAUGUUCUAAAGAAUCCAUGAAAAAUCAUGAAACGCAAAGGCUGCUGAAGAAAGAUAUUUUAUUUUAUGUUUUUCAUCUACAUGGCCUUAAAUACCCUAGUAGGGCUACUCAUUGUUGGAUUGUUUUAUGCUUCUUAUAGUAUAUUCUUAAGAUCGGUCUUUCCUGCAUCAGAUUGAUUAAACAUUUCAAGAACAGCAAAUGCACUUGAAAAUAUCUACUUAACAUUUUUAUUCUUUGCUCUAGUCUUAAGCACCUGUGUAAGAAUUGAAUGGUGAGAUCGAUAUUUUAAGGUUGUUGCUAUUUUUAUGGGAAUCUUCUCCCUCUUGAUGAGCAUAGCAGUUGUUUUCUCUGUGAUCAGACUAGAAUUAAAUAUGAAAGUCUAUAUUGCUGUAGCAGGAGUGCUUAGUACGUAUUUGAUCCCAAUGAUAUGAAACUUUAACCGAUUAAAAUUCCUGAACUUCAUCAAAGGUACUAUUUAUCUGUUCUUCAUGACUCCUACUUAUAUAAAUAUAAUGACAAUCUAUGCAAUUGCCAACACUCAUGACGUAACUUGGGGAUCGAGGGGCUCAACAAGCACUACUCAGGAAUCAAAGAGGGACAAACAGCAGCGAGUCUCUUACGAAAACUAUAGAUCAAACUGGUUGAUACUUUUUCUGAUAACAAACUUAUGUGCUGGAUGGUACGUCAUCUCUAUCUCUCGUCAGAAUCAGACAGAGUGGCUGUUCUGGGUAAUAGUAGUCCUCGGAGGUAUCAUCGUGUUCAAGCUAGUCUGAUCUUGGCUCUAUGCUGUUAGAUAUCGGUGUAAGAAGAAGAAGAUGAAGAAAUAUAUUAAAGAAAAUGAGAAUAAUGGGAUGGAGAUCCUCACUGAGAAAGCCCAACAACCUAGAAAAAGGCUUGACUUUGGAUGUGUUCCCAUAAUCAGGCAUUGUUCAGAGCAAAGAGGAAGUAAACAUCGAAGAAGCUCAACUAGAAGCUUUAGUAAAAAAUCUGAAAAUGGUAGAGCUGAAAAUGGAGAACAACAAAGUGCAAGAUAUGAGAGUAGACGAAGAAAUUCCAGAAUGAAUAGAAGGAGUAGUACUUACAGUAGGCCUAGCAGAUCCAGUAGGCCUAACAGAUCCAGUAGGCCUAACAGAUCCAGCAGGCACAGCAGAGAAAGAAGAUCAAAUAAAAGAACAAGAGAUAGUAGAAUAAAAAAUGAGAAAGAUGAGCCAAAAAGCUUAAACUCUACUGAAGAAAAUAAAUACAGACAAGAAUCUUCUUUUGCAGAUAGAGAAUAUUCUCUCUAUCAAAGAAGUGUGCAAUCUUCAAGUAAACAAGAGCUAUCCUUAAGUUCAGGGCGGGCAAGUGAUGAACAUUCGAAUGACUAUAAGGAUCAACCAACUUUUCAUUACCCUGGAGAACCUCAAAAUAAUCCUCGUGAUUCAUGAGAAGAUCUAUAUCAUGGAAGUUAUGAAGACAGGAGGUCUCUGAAUUCCAGAACUGAGGGUGAACCAGAGCAAAGAGAAAGCAGCAAUUAUAGCUACAGACAUGAAGAUAGUCAAUAUAAUAGGAAAGAAAGCUACACAGAUACUCAAUAUUAUGCCACUAGGAGUAGAUUUGGUGAGGAUAAUGAACCAAGCUUAUCAUUUAAUGAAAAUACUAACAAAAGCUAUCUUGAUAAGACUGAUGGGAAAUUUGUUAAAAAUAGCAAAGGAGAUGAAGAUCCUCUGCCAGGUGAAUUCUAUCAGGGAGAAUAUAUUAAGCCUGUAAAAACAGAAGCAUCUAUGUUACCCAGGACAAAUUCUGAGAAAGAAAUCUCUCACUAUACAUCCCUUAGUUCUUUGAGAGAAGAAAAGAAGCUAAGAGAGGAGGAUAUUGCUGACGGAUACGAUGCUAAAAACUUUUAUCCUUCAGAAAAGCCAAGUGAGUCUAUUCAAGAGGAUUCCAGAGACUUUGUCAGCGACAGAGAGUCUGAAGAUGACCAGAGGGGUACCUUCAGGCGCAACUAUGGCGUCAGCCAUAGGAGUGGCUACAGGAGCCACCGUAAGUCACCUAAAAGGACAAAAAGAAGGAACAGAUAAG